GAGACCGACAUGUUUCUACCCAUGAGUUCAGCCAGACAACAGCAUGUCAACGCCUUCAAGUGCUGUGAGGUUUUAUAUUGGAGAAGCAGCUUCUGCCUCUCUUCAUACUGUACUUUCAUUGGCUUUCUUUUAUAGAGGAGACGGAAUGCAAUUCGUCUUAAAUUAGAAGUACCAGUACGGCGCUCCGGACAUCUCCGGCCCAAGUCAAGCACUGGUUACAAGUUGACUACACAGAUCUAGCACAGUGUUGCCAACUCCUCAGUAAGGAAAGUAGCUAUUGGCUGUCCUUUUUUGAAAAUGUGUCGCUAGAGGUGUCUGAAUACUCGCUAAAUAUAAUUGGCAACACUGAGAUUCUAAUAUCAGCUUUAUCCAUCUCGAUAGACCAGACUGACCGGAAGCUCACCGCCCGUUCACUGUGGACAUGUUGCCAUAGUAACGCAGGUGACAAUAACAUGUCGGCAAAAGCGAAACAAAGCAACAAGUCAGCGGAUAAAAAUGCAAACGACAGAAAUGACGCAGCGUCCAAAGACAAUGAUGCUGAAAAAGCCAACCCUCAAUGGAAACUUAUUUCCCAUGAACAAAUCAACACGCUGUUGGAUUUGACAGUGGAACAAGUGCAACUCCAGUUUGAAGAAAUACUUGGUUUGAAGAACUACCAGACAUGUCUGAAGGAGGCAGCCCUGUUGGACUACUUUGUCUCUGGCUUCUGGUGGGCCAGGGAGAUGAACUACACCUGUCAACAGAUCUCAUUCAUCAUGGCUCUACUGCAAGUGUUACUGGACAAUAUCAGGGAGAAGCAGAUGCCGUUUGUUGAUAACCUGAAUGAGUUUGCCAAGUUGAUGUCAGGAACGCGCCAGUCUCCUUCUCCAGAGGUGGACUCCCUGUUUGAUGCUGAGCAUGCCGUGUGCAUCACUGACUACCUGAAGUGCAGUCUCUUUCAGAACUACCAACUCUAUGAGUUUCUCUUCAACCAACCUAGAGAGGAGCUGCUCCUUGGAAAGAAGAGGACCAUAGAGGUGAUCAGCUCAGCAGACUGUGGAGCUCCCCUGGAAGAAGGCAUGAAUACUGAGGACUACCUCCAUUACAUGACUCCUGUUGACCAGCAGGAAGAGGGACAGAGGUCCAGCCAGGAGGAGGAUGGAGAGGGACCAGCUGAAACAGGUCUGCAGCAGGAGAAGGAGAACAAGGCUACAGAGUUUGAAGGAUUCAACGUUCAGGAUGUCAAAGACCUGACCAACGAGAUGCUGGGAGACCUACAGGCUGAAUUCACAGAGAAGCUGAGAGUCCAGGAGGAAACCUUCCGUACCAGACUAGACCCACUGAAACAGUCUGCCUGCAAAUAGCUACACCUCAUAGUAUAACAUAUCAACCAGAGGACGCCUGGUCCUUACUGACUGGUUCAACCAGAGGACGCCUGGUCCUUACUGACUGGUUCAACCAGAGGACGCCUGGUCCUUACUGACUGGUCCUUACUGACUGGUUCAACCAGAGGACGCCUGGUCCUUACUGUCUGGUCCUUACUGACUGGUUCAACCAGAGGACGCCUGGUCUUUACUGACUGGUCCUUACUGACUGGUUCAACCAGAGGACGCCUGGUCCUUACUGACUGGUUCAACCAGAGGAAGCCUGGUCCUUACUGACUGGUUCAACCAGAGGACGCCUGGUUCUCUGAAUCUGACAUUUUAAAGAAGACUGCGAAGACGACAGUAAUUUGAAACUGUUUUUCUGAAAUUAUGCAAAACAUUUUGACAAAAUGUUGUCAGCACAAAAGGUUUGGUUUGAAGAAAACGGAGGGCGGUAUUCAAUCAAAACCUGUAACUGGAUUUCCGUACAUCAAAACCCAAAAGGAAUCCGUAAAUCAAACAAUCCAAGCCAAGAUUCUCACAUGUCCAUGUUUCCAUGUCGUCAAUAAACCCAUGAAACAAAAUGAAAAUGAAUGUUGUUUUAGACUUUCCUUGAAAAUGUGGUGACCAGUUGUGAUUGAAUAGUUCCCUAGCAACACAAUCUUACCGUGUGUCGAUCUUACCGUGGGUCGAUCUUACCGGGGGUCGAUAUUACCGUGGGUCGAUCUUACCGGGGGUCGAUCUUACCGGGGGUCGAUAUUACCGUGGGUCGAUCUUACCGGGGGUCGAUCUUACCGUGGGUCGAUCUUACCGGGGGUCGAUCUUACCGGGGGUCGAUCUUACCGGGGGUCGUCCAUAUUUCAGAUGUGUGCUGGAAAGGAAAACCAAAUGUCAGUUCGGGGUAAUGUGGAUAUUUGCUCCAACAAUGUUUGGUGUAACACUCAAGGUUGCUACCUAACGUUUCUUAAAUGAGUAAUAAACUAUUUUAUAACGUAA